AUGGCCAGACUUCACACUCCAAGGCUAUCAAGGGAGCCGACGAGGAGCCGACGAGGAGCCGACGAAUCUAGCCAAGAUGAAGCAAGUGAUGAAAUUCACUGCUCCACAAUCAGAGUCAGCCAUGGCAACAGGAAUUCGCUGAAAACGCGCAGCCAGCGGCGAGCGCGGCGAGUGCGGCAAGCGCAGCGAGUGCGCGCCAUGGCGGGGGCCGCUGGGGCGGUCGAGAGCGCGGCGGCGGCAGCCCUGCGAGCGGUGCUGCAGCGAGUGGCGCAGGCAGCGGAACGAGCCGGCAGGAACUCAGGGCAGGUUCGGGUGGUGGCGGUGAGCAAGACCAAGCCUGUGGCGCUGCUUCGGGAGGUGUACGACGCGGGGCAGAGGCACUUUGGGGAGAACUACGUUCAGGAGAUAAUUGAGAAGGCGCCUCAGCUCCCAGCAGACACCAAGUGGCAUUUCAUCGGGCACCUUCAGAGCAACAAGGCCAAGAGUCUCGUGUCAGGAGUGCCCAACCUCUACAUGGUAGAGACAGUUGAUAGCAGCCGGAUCGCCAACUACCUAAACAAGGCCGUGCAAGCAGCAGGACGGCCUCCCCUGCGUGUUUUGGUGCAAGUCAACACGAGUGGCGAGGAGAGCAAGCACGGGGUGCAUCCAUCAGCGUGUGUGGACCUGGUCCGGCACGUCACAUCCGAGUGUCCCAACCUCUGCUUCGCAGGCCUCAUGACCAUCGGCAUGCCCGACUACUCCUCCCGCCCCGAAAACUUUGAGGCGCUUGCCAGGUGUCGAGCGGAGGUGUGUGAGCAGCUAGGGCUCACCCCAAGCGAGUUGGAGCUAUCAAUGGGCAUGUCUAACGACUUUGAGCAGGCGGUGGAGAUGGGCAGCACGAACGUGCGAUGUUGGAUGGAUUUCACGGGCCCAAAUCAAGUUGAAAACACCAAGGAUGGUGGUGGGGACGUUGGAGAUGAGGCCGGCAAGGGACUGACCGAUGCGUACAACAAAGGCAAGAAGCCCGCGCAGCAGCUCGUUCCGUACGAGCCGGUGGGAUCCGGCGCCGGAAUCACCGGCUUCAACGGCGGAACCUACCAGAUCGCCAUUUCCGACGACCCCAUGACCUCCACGCAGGAGGCUAGCGCUCCCCCGAAGAUCACCGUGCCGCUCUGCGUGUCCACCUUCAGCUUCUUCGUGAACGGCGCCAAGGGCGUCGUGCUGACGGCGGCGCAGACGUAUUCGAUCUACAAGGGUGAUAUCACCGCCUGGUCCGCCGUGCCCGGCGCUAAGGGCAAGGUCGCGGGUGCCAUCACCCGCGUGGCGCGCAGCGACAAGUCGGGAUCCACGGCGAUUGUGAAGACUCUGUGGAGCAAGGCUCUCGGCGCCACGUACACCGAGAACACGGACGGCACUGCGAUGACCUACGCCGGCCUCACUAAGGCGGACGGCACUAGCGGCAUGUGCACUGCGAUCGCCUCCACCAAGGGCGCCAUUGGCUACGCGUUCACCGGCGCGUGUGCCGCGAAGUUCGUCGCAUCUCUGAAGAACGCCAACGGAGUGGCCGUCGCCCCUCCUGCCUGGAAUCCCGCCCUGGCCAUCCCCGCCGCCCCUCCCGCCGCACCCGACGCGUCGUGGGCGAGCGUUGACUUCGUGUGGAAGGCCGGCGCCAAGACCCCUCCGAUGGUGUCCAUGGAGUUUGCCUUCAUCAAGAAGACGCCCACGAGCCCGGUCGCAAAGACCUUCAUGUUGUAUAUGAUUAAGUCUCUGGCGGCCAAGGGUGGGUACGGGUUCAACCCCACUCCCAAGGCCUGGCUCGUUCCUUCCGCGACCAUGGUGAAUGCGAUCAAGUAA